AUGAUGCAGUAUAACAGAGCUCGGAAGGAAGCGUGGAACACAAUAUCAAAAGAAAUUUUUGAACGAUUCCAAGUGCGCAUGAACCCUUACCAAGUUAAGAACCAUUUUAGCAAUCGCAAGAAAAGAGUGCUUAGAGAAGACAGGGAUGGAAUAAGAGAUAGAAUACGAGCUAGUGGAGACGUCCCACAGAGCAAAGAGUGUAAAACUGCAAGACGUGACCUAAGUGAUGAGGAUAUGAAAAUUUACAAUUAUUUUACUACAAUGGUUGCUCAUAAAGAAACGAAAGAAAACUCUAUUCUUCCCUCUCCGCAGAACGAGCUAUUCGCAGAAGAAAGAGAAAUCUUUGGAUUAGAAGAAGAUUCUGUACAGAUGAAAAAAGAAGUCUUUGGGUAUUUCUCUGAAAAUGAGGGUAAGAUUCCUCACUCACAUGAUGUAUCAGCGAGUCAGCUUCGAAUUUUGGAAGCGGAACUUAUGAAGUAUCAGGCAAAAUGCUUUGAUACUUGGUCUCGUCAAGCGACAAUGCAAAUAGAAAUGAUACGUAAAGUGUUAGAUUUAAUUGCGAAAGCAAUGAAAGUAAUAGAGGAUUUACAGUGCUACUCUUCUCGAGGAGUACGGUACACGGAUCGACGUCGCCGUAUCCGCGACUGGUGUCAACAGUCGCUGAAGUUGGUGGCUGAAAUCUUCAACAUGGCAUUGGGCGGACCGCCACGAAUGGACACGAUAGUACGCUAG